AUGUUCUUGCUGAACUAUGCGACGCAAGUACUAUGUUUCAUCCUUGUGACCUCCUUCGUCUUUCUCCGGUUCCUCGUGCGAUGGAAAUUGAGCGGCACGCUGGGAAUCGAUGAUGCCUGUUGUCUCAUUGGAUGGGUCUUGUUCAUGGGUUUUUGCGCAAUUGCUUUGGUCUAUGGCUUCAAGGGUGUCAUUGGUUACUAUACCAUCAUUACCUUCAUCAAGAUGUUCAUCUGCAAUCCAAUCUCCGCUUAUUGGAUACUGUCUCAAAAACCCUACUCCAUAUGCUUGAGCGAGCCAGGAGUGAUCAUUGCAGAUUCCGCCAUUAGCUUCUUAACAGAUAUUGCCAUAUUCGCCUUUCCCAUUACGUUCAUCUGGCCACUACAAAUGCCCCUUUGGAAAAAGGUCAAGGUCAUUGCUCUUCUUGGACUUGGAGGCAUCGCUCUGGCUUUUAGCCUAUACCAGCUUAUAGUCGCGGUAUACGAGAUCAAGAGACCGGACGAUACGACAGUGUUCACUAGGUCUAUAUUGACUGCAAACGCCGAAGUGGGAAUUGGGCUAAUCUGCUCCUGUAUGCCAGCCUUGAACAUCCUCACCAAGCAUACUCAGCAAGACACGGCUCCCUGGAAAGGCCUGGCUCGCAGACACAAAAAGAAUCACGAGCCAAUGCAUACCAUCUUCGAUGGCACCCAGUCUAGUCGAUUUGUUACGAGUCAUUUGAGCACCUCUGCACGCCGAGGAUCGACGGAUGCAGCUGGACUUAUGGCUCGUUACGAGCAGUUGCACUUAUCGGCCAGGGAUAAUACUGAAUCGAUAAUAAAGAUAGUUUCGUUGAAUCAGUAUUGGGAGCAGGCAUCGCAAAGUAAUAAAGGGACAAAUCAAACCGACAUAAUGUAA